AUGGAGUACACAGGCUUCAAGGCAGAGUCCGGUGACUUGCGCAGUUUGCGGCAAGUCAAGGGCCAUCCAGGUGCGGAUCCACUAUCAGAGCACUACGGAGGCCAUUUGAAGUUCCGAAAUACAAAGUCCUUCUCCAUGAGUGUCGCAAGCACUCCUGAUGCCCUUUCUCCUGAUGCGGAAAGUGUAUCUGGCGAGAGCUGGGCGAAAAGGCCCAAGGAUGCUGCUUAUGCCGCUCUACGGUACUUGGGACUUCUUCCAAAUUCUUCAAAACACCCUCCUGCCAAGAGUGCUCAAGUCCGAACCAGCUCUGUCGUGGGCCACCUGCUUGAAUUUGCCUUGUCAGUGUGCUUUGCUACCGCGGCUGAAUGCCGUGCUUUGGCAGAGGCAGCUGGUGAAGAGGACAAGAAAGCAUUGCUUAGACUUAGGGCGUUGGCAGAGCGAACUAACUUGUUGGGCCGUGGCGUGGUUGUGUCAUCUGUGAAUGACGCAACGCUUUCGCCGGCGGAACUCGUUUUUGCCUUCUUGGAAGCAUCUGCCAACUCAAGGCGCCAUACCUAUGGAAGACAUCAUUCUGCUUCAAGCAUGAUGAGUAGCGCAGGCCGGUCUUUUUCGCGCGUGAAAUUUGAUGACAGCCCACCAGAUGAGAACAGGUCGCUCAAUGGAGACAGUCGACAUCACACACCCCCGCGCCAGGAGACAGAUCAAGUAGUUCAAGGACAGUAUUUGAACAAUUUGCCUAGACAAGAUUCCCUAGCGUCCAAUCAGAGUGGCAUGAGCUUCUUGAACAAACGGACCGGCUUUGGUCGAUCGCAGUCCGACUUUAGCUACUCCUCCUUUGCAGACUUCAAUCGCAAGCACGAGGCUGGAGACGAGAAGAACGCAAGGACGGUGACGGAGACAUCAGUACCUGAUGCUCCUGCCUUUGUGGAGUUUCUCAUCGUUAUCCUAAAGGGCCAGGAGUCCAGUGCAGAGCCACUUCCGUUGGGCUCGAAGGGUGGCAGUGGCAACCUAGUACUUGAUCUGAAACUAAACCACGACUUCAUCAAGGCAGAUCAUACAGACGAUGAUGCUGCUUCAGCUCUUACCUACCAUUCCUAUUGCGAUGCACUCUUGGGCAGUGAAGGUGCAGAGGAGAAGGAGACCAUCAGCGCUGAGAUAGCAAGAAUGGAGGGAGCAGAGGGAAAGCAGACGAUUCGAGUAACAUUCAAUUCAAAGUGCUUGCGGACCCACAAUAGGUGGCAGGCGCACCUUUUGGCGCAACAGCGGGCGCUGCUGGACAUGGUCACUGGAAAGCUCAAGGCGGUGGAGAAAACCUUGAAAGCAGAUGAAGAGGUGCAGGAGGAGGAGAGAGAACUGCUCCGUGGAUUUCGAAAAAUUGUUCGUCGAGAGCAAGGUCCUGACGAUGUGCAAGCUCCGGUGGAAGUUUUUGUAGUGCCUUUGGCAGAGUUCCAGUACAAGAAGCAUCAAGAGGUCUUUGGCUUGUCGCGGUUCUCAAAAGGGGCAAUGCCAGGUCGUCAGCUAGAGGCAUCUGGUGAAGGCGAGAUUCGAGAAAAGCUGCGUGAGAAAGGUGUUCGACUUAACUGGAAAUCCGUCUCGACGGAUGAGGUGAUUUCGAAUGCUGAAGAGCGUCGUUUGGAAGAGUACCUCCUUUUGGCAAAGCGGUUGCGGGACAAUGAGACGGUGGCGUUGAAGGAGAUCAACAUGCGAAGACUCAGCAGGGUUGCAAAGGAAGAAAUUGAUCGCGAGCUUAGGCUCCUCCGAGAACUCAGCUGGCCCAGUAUUGUCUUUACGCUGGAUGCAUGGGAGAAUGAAAAGGAGAAGCUGCUCGUGACUCAGUUGAUAGAAGGAGGAAGUCUAUCACAUCGAAUUGAGACAGCAAGAGAAGGAGCAGAAGAAGAAGGGUAUUCAGUGGACCGCGUGGCGGACUGGUUCGUGCAGACUCUUCAUGGCUUGUCCUACUUGCACUGGCGUGGUGUAAUUCAUCGGGACAUCAAGCCGGGCAAUCUGCUCAUCGGCCAAGACAACCGUUUGCUGCAGAUUGGUGACCUUGGUAGCGCGAUGCUCCUACCAGGGACAGGGCCAUUCCCGAACCCGCACGCCAAAGUUGUUGCACCUGUCACAAGCCCUUCCUAUGCAAGUCCGGAGGCAUUGUUGCAGGAGACUCACCUGGCAGCCUCAGAUGUUUGGUGUGUGGGAGCGUCUUUCUUUGAAGUGCUCACGCUUCAUCCUCUUUUUCCACAAGUGCAAAGCAUGGCAGAGGCACAGGAACAUGUACGUGCAUUUGAUCCUUCCAUGGCUGCUCCAACAAAUGGUGCGACCAACUAUGCUUUGGCUGCGCUGUCAACCCUCAAUCAGCUACGAUGUUCAUCCUCAUCCAGCGCAGCCGCUGUUGAACUCGCUGGAGCACUGCCUGAGCUAGUUCGGCCAGAUUUCAUGCAAAGGCCGACUGCUGCCACUGUAGCAUCUCGAUACUUUUGCAUGAAAAGGGUCAAAACCCUCCUGAAGGAGACUGGGGCUGUGCCAAAAGGAAUGCUUAGCGGUCACAUCGAGGACUACAAGACGGUCUUGAAGCAAUCCCAGGCAGCCAAGAAUACAGCCCCAGAUGCAGCUGGCGUAUCACCUGCCUGGCCCUGAAAGCUUCUGUUCGCUGGCCUUGUCUUGGAUGUGCAUCCUCACAAGUGGCAUUUACGACAGCAAACCUCGCUAGUGAUCACUGCUAAGUCAAUCUAUUUAAUGGGUCAGCCGGGCACCCGCGGGCUCCGGCCGACCCGAAGGGAAGAGGAAGGAGAAGAAAUCGUUUUCUCUCUUUGUCUCGCUCUUGCUCUUUCUUUUUGCCUUCCCUGUCCCUUUCUCUUUCCCGUUCGCUUUCCUUUUCGCUUUCUCUUUCUCUUGCCCUCCCUUUUGCUUUCUUUUUCGCUUUCUUCUUCCCUGUCCCUUUCGGCUUCUCUUCCUCUUUCUCUUUCCCUUUCCCUUUCAGUUUCUCUUCUCUUCUUUCUCGUCAGCUUUCUUUUUCUUUCUCUCUGUCUCUGCCUCAGUCUCCGCGUCUCUCUCUCUUGAAACACCCUGCUAUGUUGGGCCCAUGCCCGGGCCUAUGUGCCUAUGUGGCCAGGCUGGCCCAAGUUGAGCCAAUGUUGGGCCCAUUUUUGCCUGUGCGGUUUUUAUGUUGAGCUCAACGGGAAGCAGAAACAC